UUGCCUCAUAACCUCCACUAUCUGCUACAACUGCUUCAACAAAUCUGCCAUGGGUCCUCCUCGCCGAGCUCGUUCUAAUUCUUCUGUAUCAACACACUCUCAGCAACAUCGUCAUCAACAGCCGCAACCACUAGAGCCAGCUCCUCCAGAAACAAUCCCGUCUGCACAAUCACAUCUAGGAAUGUCUCCUCAGUCGCGCUAUCUCUCGAACAUGAAGGUUGUUCGUCGAAGAGACCCUUCUAUUGUAUCCAUAUUCGAUCAGUUCAGCCACGUUUGCGUGUACCACCAUAACGGCGACAAAUGGGAGAAGCAAGGUUAUGAGGGGAGUAUGUUUUUGUACGAGCGGGACUCUUACCCACCUUAUGGUCUCUACAUUUUGAAUCGUGUGGGCAUGGAUGACUACAUCCAGCGACUCUAUCCAGAAGAUGGCAUAGGCGCACAUGGUUCCUAUCUCAUGAUGCGUCAUUAUCCCGACUUUACCACACGCAGGCUCGCAGACGCACGAGACAAACUACCCCUUUCCAAGCAGGAAGGUCCUGCCUCUAAAUUUGCUCCCGAGUUCGUCGUGCCAAAUCUAGGACAACUACAAGAUACUGAGAAAGGCCGAUCCCAAACGGUCGGGUUGUGGUGCUUUGCAACUGAUGCAAGAGAAAGCAUGCAAGAUGUUGUGUUGAGAUUGCAUAGCUAUAUCAAGAAGAAUCUUCCGUAUCCGGAGGAGUAUAGAUAUGGCCCGGAUCGUCCUCCCCCGAACUUCCGGUCGUCAUCGAGGGCCAGUGAACGUUCACAUAUGCGCUCGGCAUCGAGCGCAUCCAAUACUAGCAGCAUACAUAGCAUUUCAGAGUCGGAAGAGUAUCACACAGGAAGUAAACCCGCACCCUCGGAUAGUAGUCGUUCCAACGGGAAUGUAUCUGAGCUCGAUAAACUCUUUGCCAAGCUGGGAGGCACGAGUUCUACUCCACAGCAUCUGUCCCUACAAUCGCAGAAUAAUGAGGCCUCUGCAAGUUUACUGGCAGGCCUACCCGGCGGCGGGAAUUCUCAUAGAACGGCGUCUGUUCCGCCACCGACCUCCAAUUCCGUUCCUCCAACUCGCGGAUUAGCUUUGUUGGAUACCAUCUUCGCCUCCGCACCACCGCCAAGCCAACCCAAUCGUGGGCCGUCUCGCACCGGAACGGCAUCAGCUUCCCUCCCCCCGCAUACCUCCACACAUUCACAAUCCGCAUAUACUACACAAGCUCAGUCUACCACAUACACUGUUGGACACACUGCCAGCUCACACAAUCCGCUCAUCCUUUCUCCCAAACCAACGUCUACUGCACUACCUCAGGUGCUUAACCAAGAUGUCAUCUCGACGCUUCUUGGGCUCCCCGCGUCGCGUGCCUAUGAGGGUGAUAACGAGGCAAGUGAUGACGGGUCUAUUUCAGAAGGAGGAUAUUCUGUUUCUAGCACUGUACUUGAUGCUGAUGCAGAAUAUAACGUGGAGCUGCAAGCUGCAGGGUCAUCCUCCGGGCUGCCACUCCUCUCUGUACCUAUGGGCCAAGCUGAGUACAACAGCACAAGAAAUGGGAGCAGCAGAACUCUGGGCGAUGUAACCCCUCGCCCACCGCUCCGAGGUUUCAACUCUGAUAUCACAGUGGUCGGGGACCUCCUCGCUGCUGCUCAGACUCAGAAGCACUCGCGUGCCUCACCACACCUUCAUAUUCCCUCUGUCGCACCUCCGCGACCUGGGGACCCAGAUACCACGCCCACGUCGACCAGCGUCAAUGGCACACACUCCGUACCCAAACCGCGCCCCCUUAUUCCGUUCGAGGCAGAUUCUGACUUGUGGCCAUACCCUCGUGCUCCGUUUGUCGAGGCGGACUCUGAUAUGAUCGAGCUCGACUUUGCCGAUACGAGUGCGCUGAGUGAUCCAGAUGCAUUUGCGAAGGAGCAGCGCUCGAAGAACAGGAGGAACCAGAAGAAAGGGCGGAAGGAGCGGGAGAAGGAUCGUGAGCGAGAGAGAGAGGAGAUAGAGAAUAGCUGGGAUGUGCCACCGCCUGUCAAGGCCAUGCCACUUCCACAGCCUCAAGAUGUCGUUUCGACACCUGCGGUCGUUGUCAAUGGCAAGGCCAAGCAUGUACGUAAGGAGCGUACUGGUUCUGUAGCCAGUCAGAGCUCCGUUGAUGGCCCAAACACCAUCGACGCCCAUGCUGUGCAUGCCUCUCUCCUGUCUGCUCUCGCUCAGAAGAAGAAUACAAGUUCGAAUAAUUUAUCGAGGAACGACUUUGUCCGGGAAGUUCUGACUCUCAUACACACAGACAAAGAUUUCGUGGACACUCUUUGGCAGGAGUACACCUCGAAUGCGAAAUGAUGUCCUGGGGAUGGCUUUGGAUGUCUGGAAAACUCAUUACAAGAGCUCAUAUAUUUUUGCUCGCGAUUGCUACCCCCACUACCCCUCCACUCCUUUGAUGAUGCGUAUUGUAGGCGUUGCCGCUGUGUUGCCGAGUAUCUUGUCAGGAACGUUUUGCAUUCGAUGAUAUUGUAUUUGCUUCGUUUGAUUCAAGUUUGGUUUGAGACUUCAUUUCGGUGAGAUAUAUAUCAUGUCG